AUGAACCAAUCACAGGGACCAGUGUCAUUCAAGGAUGUGGCUGUGGACUUCACCCAGGAGGAGUGGCAGCAGCUGGACCUUAAUGAGAAGAUAACAUACAGGGAUGUGAUGCUGGAGAACUACAGCAAUCUAGUUUCUGUGGGGUGUGAUAUUACCAAACCAAAUGUUAUCAUUAGGUUGGAGCAGGGAGAAGAGCCAUGGAUAAUAGAGAGUGAAUUUUCAAGUCAAAGUAGUCCAGAAGAAGUCUGGGAAGUUGAUGAUCUGAUAGAGAGAAUCCAAGAAAAUGAGGAAAAACAUUCAAGGCAAGCUGGUCUGAUCAACAGCAAAACCCUGACUGAAGAGAGAGAGAAUACAUUUGAUAAAACCUAUUUGGAAACAAGCCUUGCUCCUUCAAGCAUAGCAGCUCAUAAUUGUAUCUCAUGUGGAAAGAAUUUAGAAUCUAUUUCAGAAUUAAUUAGUAGUGAUGGAAGCUAUGCCAGAAAAAAACCUGAUGAAUGUAAUGAAUGUGAGAAAACAUAUCAUGGAGAAAAAACAUACGAAUUUAAUAAAAAUGGAGACACUUACUCUCAAAAUGAAGAAAAUAUUCUUCAGAAAAUUAGUAUUUUGGAGAAACCCUUUGAAUAUAAUGAAUGCAUGGAAGCCUUAGACAAUGAAGCCGUUUUCAUUACUCAUAAGAGAGCUUAUAUAGGAGAGAAGCCCUAUGAGUGGAAUGAUUCUGGACCGGACUUCAUACAGAUAUCAAAUUUUAAUGAAUAUCAGAGAUCACAAAUGGAAAUGAAGCCCUUUGAAUGCAGUGAAUGUGGAAAAUCCUUUUGUAAAAAGUCAAAAUUCAUUAUACAUCAGAGGGCCCACACAGGAGAGAAACCUUAUGAAUGUAAUGUCUGUGGGAAGUCCUUCAGCCAAAAAGGAACCCUCACUGUACAUCGGAGAUCACACUUAGAGGAGAAGCCCUAUAAAUGUAAUGAAUGUGGGAAAACCUUUUGUCAGAAGUUACACCUCACUCAGCAUCUAAGAACUCAUUCAGGAGAGAAACCCUAUGAAUGUAAUGAAUGUGGGAAAACCUUCUGCCAAAAGACACAUCUCACUUUACACCAGAGAAAUCAUUCAGGAGAGAGACCCUACCCAUGUAAUGAAUGUGGGAAAUCCUUUUCCCGCAAGUCAGCUCUCAGUGACCAUCAGAGAACUCACACAGGAGAGAAACUUUAUAAGUGUAAUGAAUGUGGAAAAUCCUACUACCGGAAGUCUACCCUAAUUACACAUCAGAGGACUCAUACAGGAGAGAAGCCCUAUCAAUGUAGUGAGUGUGGAAAGUUCUUUUCUCGAGUGUCAUACCUCACUAUACACUACAGGAGUCAUUUAGAAGAGAAACCUUAUGAAUGUAAUGAAUGUGGCAAAACCUUCAAUUUAAAUUCAGCUUUUAUUAGACAUCGGAAAGUACACAUGGAAGAGAAAUCCCAUGAAUGUAAUGAAUGUGGAAAGUUCUCUCAGAUGUCAUAUCUCACUGACCAUCAUACAACUCAUUUAGGAGAGAAACCCUAUGAAUGUAAUGAAUGUGGGAAAACCUUUCUUGUAAAUUCAACCUUUAGUGGGCACCAGUCACUUCCAAAAGGGGAGAAAUCCUAUGAAUGCAAUAUAUGUGGAAAAUUAUUUUCUGAUUUGUCAUACUACACCGAACACUAUGGAAGUCAUUCAGAAGAGAAACCCUAUGGAUGUAGUGAAUGUGGGAAAACCUUCUCCCAUAAUUCAUCCCUCUUUAGACAUCAAAGAGUACACACAGGCGAGAAACCCUAUGAAUGUUAUGAAUGUGGGAAAUUCUUCUCUCAGAAGUCAUAUCUCACCAUACAUCAUCGAAUUCAUUCAGGAGAGAAACCCUAUGAAUGUAGCAAAUGUGGAAAAGUCUUCUCUCGGAUGUCAAACCUCACUUCAUACCUCACUGUACAUUAUAGAACUCAUUCAGGAGAGAAACCAUAUGAAUGUAACGAAUGUGGGAAAAAAUUUCAUCACAGAUCAGCCUUCAAUAGCCAUCAGAGAAUUCAUAGAAGGGGAACUAUGAAUGUACUUGAUGUGGAAAACCUCUGAAGUCAAAUUUCAAGUUUUAGAGAACUCUCUGAAUAUAAUGAAUAUGAGAAAUCCACUAAGGGAUCAAAUGUUAUUUUAUCUGAGAGUUCAGGC